AUGUUUUCCUCAAACGCCCAAGGCAAAUCGCUUCAUUUUCGUAUCACAGCCGCAUGUGGUGCCGGCUUCUUACUCUUUGGAUAUGACCAAGGAGUCUUCGGUGGCUUGCUCGACAAUGACCCCUUCCUCCGCACGUUUGGAUAUCCCGGCGCUACGAUCCAAGGUCAGAUUGUCGCCACGUACGACAUAGGAUGCAUUAUAGGCACAUUGAUCUCGAUGUUUGCUGGAGACAAGCUAGGCCGUCGUCGCUCGAUCUUGAUCGGUUGCUGUAUUUUGCUUGUUGGUGCGGUUUUACAAACCUCCUCAUACACGCUGCCACAGAUGAUCGUAGGGCGUGUAAUCGCAGGAGUUGGGAACGGCAUGAACACCAUUGCGAUUCCUAUCUGGCAGACAGAGACUGCGCGCCCUCAGGAUCGUGGAAAGCUCAUAGUGGCUCAGCUAGUGACGAAUGUCUUUGGUAUCGUCCUCACAAAUUGGAUGAACUAUGGCUUCACCUUUAUUCCGGAGUCUCCUGUCAGCUGGAGGUUUCCUCUCGCGUUCCAAUGUUUCUUUGCGUUGAUCACUAUCGCACUGACUCUCGUCUCGCCGGAAUCCCCCCGUUGGUUAGUUAUGAAACAGCGAGCCAGCGAGGCCCAGGAUAUUCUCGCCCGAUUGAUGGCCAAGCCAAACGACGACCCAGAUGUGGUUGAUCAAAUUCAGAACUUGGUGGCAACUGUCGAAUACGAAGCUGAGGUCCAACAGUCAGUGCCUCUAAAGGAAAUUUUCACUCGAAACAGCAAGCAACAGACAUUACGUCGCAUGCUUCUGGGUGCAGGCACAGCAUUCUUCCAGCAAGUCGGAGGCACAAAUGUGAUUGCAUAUUAUUUGCCAGUCGUCCUCACUCGGUCUGUGGGCCUCAGUACCCGCAUGGCUUUAAUUCUCUCCGCAUGCGACUCCAUGUCGCUGAUGUUCUGGGGCUCCAUGGCUGUCUUUUUGAUUGACCGUAUAGGUCGCAAAAAGCUGAUGCUCAUCGGUGUGACUGGGAGCAGUGUCUGUUUUGCCCUCGUUGCUGUUGGUCUUCGCUAUGGCGGAGAAGACAAUAAGGGCAUGUCGAUUUUGGCUGUCGUAUUCAUUUUCAUGUACUACGUCUUCUAUGGCACGUCCCUCCUCUCAAUCCCUUACAUGUACCCGGCGGAAAUCAAUUCUCAGAAAAUGCGCAACAUCGGCACAUCCUUUGCGACAACUGUCAACUGGCUUUUUGUCUACGUAAUCGUCGUCGCCACUCCUACUGCCAUCGACAACAUCCAGUGGAAGUACUACAUGCUUUUUGCCAUUUUCAACGUUUGUUUCAUUCCCAUCAUCUGGUUCCUGUAUAUUGAGACGGCCAAUCUGUCAUUGGAACAGGUAGACCGUCUCUUUGAAAUCAAAUAUGAAGGUGGUAGCGACAUGAGUUGGUCUGCAGCUACAACCCUAGCUCAUAAGGACCGAGGAGUUGGAUUGAGCGUGCACCUGGACAAAGACUACGGAAAUUCCGAGCACUGUGAAGUUUUAGCGUGA